AUGAGUUUCGCGAGUGUUGCCAAGGGAGUUACGAAGACUGAUAGACUCGAUCGCAAUGAUAGGGCCAUGUCCACUCGCCAACAGAACACGAAUGCGGCCAAAGCUGUUGCGGACGCCGUGCGUACGUCGUUGGGUCCGUUGGGUAUGGACAAGUUGAUUCACGGUGCGAAGGGAGACGUGGUGAUAACGAAUGACGGUGCGACGAUUUUGAAGGAGAUGAACGUGAUUCAUCCAGCGGCGAAGAUGUUGGUGGAGUUGUCCGAGUCGCAGGACGUGGAGGCGGGUGAUGGUACGACGUCGGUGGUGGUGGUGGCGGGUGCAUUGAUAACUGCGGCAUCUGGUUUGUUGGAAAAGGGUUUGCAUCCGCAGACGAUAGCGCAGGCGUUUUUACAGGCAAGCAAAAUGGCGCAAGAGGUGCUGAGUGAAAUGAGUAUUCCGGUGGACGUCACGGACCGUGAGGAGCUGGAGAAAGCAGUCAGCACGAGUCUGCAGUCUAAGGUCGUUUCCUCCCUGGCUUCGCACUUGGCGCCCAUCGCAGUGGAGGCGGUUUGCGCCGUGCACCGGAAUCUGGAGGAUGCGAACGUUGAUUUGAAUGACGUUCGAGUAGUGAAGCAGUUAGGCGGAACCAUCGAUGACUCCGAGCUGGUCCAGGGCCUGGUGUUACCUAACCAACGUGUUAGCCGCAUUGCCGGCGGCCCCACAUCCUGCAGAGACGCAAAGAUUGGGCUUAUUCAGUUCUGCCUCUCUUUGCCCAAAACCGACAUGGACCAGCAAAUCACCAUCAAAGACUAUACCGCCAUGGACCGCCUACUGCGCCAGGAACGCCUGCAGAUGGCCAAGAUGGUUAAGAAGAUACAGGCCACGGGGUGCAACGUCCUGCUCGUACAAAAGAGUAUUCUUCGAGAAGCUGUUAACGAACUCGCUCUCGAUUUUCUCGCCAAAGCAAAUAUACUGGUCCUUAGAGACAUCGAACGUGACGAGGUGGACUUCAUAGCUCGCACUGUCGGCUGUGAGCCCAUCAGCUCGCUUGAGCACUUUACUCCUGAGCGACUUGGCGCCGCACAACUCGUCGAAGAACAAGUCGUAGGCGAAAGCCGCGUCGUCAAAUUCACAGGCUGCAAAUCAGAUCACACCGUCAGCGUCAUACUCAGAGCAUCCAACCGUCUGACGCUCGAGGAAGCCGAAAGGUCCUUCAGAGACGCCAUUUGCGUCGUCAGAUCCAUGAUAAGAACGAGACGACUGCUACCCGGCGGCGGCGCGGCCGAGACCGAGAUGAGCAUCAAACUUGCUGAAAG